AUGGAUUAAAUUUAACUUUAAUGCCAAAUACAUGAUAAAAUUAUAGUUGGGUUUUGCACAUAAAUAAAUUGUUAACAUAAAAAGCCUUGUUGCUUUGAAUGCUAAAAAAAUGAUCAUAAUAAUCAUUCUGCUGAUAUUUUAGAUAAUUCGAAAUUAAUAGAGAUGCUUAAAUCAUCAUUAGAAACUAUUGAUAAAGCAAGAGAUUAUUUUCAGCAAAUAAGAAACUUUUAAGAAUCCCUUGGUGAAUAUAUUAACAAAUUUAAUUUUCAAGAAUAAGAAGAUUUUUCUUCAUUGAGUUUUUAAGGAUUAAAUGUUCUCAUCGAUAAAUUAAUAUAAUUAAAAUAUUUUGGAUAAAAAUUGAUUCCUUAAUUAUAAGAAUUGGCUAAGAAAGUAUCAACUAUUUAAUCUGAUAUCAAUAAGUUAAAAAAGUCUUAAAUCGCAGAAUUAAAUCUUCCUUCUUAAAAAUAAUAAAUUAUUUAACCUUCUGUAGAAGUAUCUUUAAAUAAAAAUUGGAAAUUCUCUGAAUCAGAUAAAUUUAAAUCUAUAAAUAUUGUUAUUGAUGGAAAUAAAAUUGAAAAUUUUACUAAUAAGAUAGGAUUUAUAAUCUUAGAGCCAGAAAUUAAUGUUAUGAACUAAUAGAAAUAUAUUUUUAAAAUUUUAUAAUGUAAAUGGAUAGUUCUUGGGCUUUGUCAUAAAUAAUUCUUAAAUUUAAAGAAAGCAUUACCUGAUUUUUAUAGUGAUAAUCAUGGGUGAAUUAUUUAUUUAAAUUUAGAACUUAUUUAGUUAAUAAUGAAGGCUAAAUUUACUCACAUAUUUCAAAAUCUGAGAACUAUACUAAUAAAUAAUUUGGAUUUUCAAAAGAUGAUGAAAUACUAAUAGAAGUAGACUCAAAAUAAAAAAAAAUAAUAUGGCAAAAUUUAAAUUAAAAAAAUAUUUUAAGUCUAAAAAUUGAUAUUACUUAAAAACUACACAUAAUUAUUGGAUUGAAUAAUUCUAAAAUUGAAAUAUCAAAAUGA